AUGAAACCCGGUGGAAGCGUACUCGGCGUACUCACUCCCCUGCCCGAGACAGACCAGCCACGUGCCGUGAGCUCAGCGUCUGACGAGGUGAAGCGCUUGCAGAAGACAAACGCCACCCUCGAGCAGUCGCAGGAGAAGCUCAAAAAGCAGUUCGCCAACCUGGAGACCAAGGCCAGAGACCUGGAGGUGGAGCGCUCCGAGCUGACCAAGGAGCGGGACCAGCUGGACCUGAAGCUUCGCAAGUCCGAGGCGGAGUGUAGCAACAAGGAGGCGCGCUUGAAUCGACUGAUGGAGGAGAGUGAGAAGCUAAAGGCUGCCGCAAAGGAUGCCAACAUCCAGGAGCGCGACCGCCUGACCUCCGACCGCAAGGAGGUGGAUCGCUUGACCGGGGAGGUGCGGAAGCUCGAGCGCCAGCGCGGAGAGCUUGUCAACGCCUUCAAGAAGCAAAUGAAGCUCAUUGAGGUGCUCAAGAGGCAGCGUGCACACAUGGAGGCGGCGCGCGUCUUGUCCUUCACCGAGGACGAGUUCAUCCGAAUCCUGGAGUUGGGGGACAAGCUGGGGGAGUGA